AUGUACGUAUACCCUGCUAACACAGUGCGUUCGUCCAUCCAGAGCGAGGUCAAGGCGCACAUCGGCGAAAUGAUUGAGUAUCAGGUGGUGUCAGAGACCACAGUGUACUUUUCUCUUUGGGAGUUUCGUGCGGUGAUCCAAACAGCAGAGCUGCUUGGAUCCACAGUGCAGCUCGAGUUCGCCCAAGGAGGUGAUCCUCUCUUUCUGCGUUUGGAGCCCAAUGAAACGUUGCGUGCCGAAUUCAUCCUUGCUACAACCGGCGAGCCGCAUAUUCAACCCGCCGCCCGCAAACGUCCGGCAGGAAGGGAGACACGUCGCUCCUCCACAAGAAUGGCACCAGUUGGCUCAGUUCCACGGACUGAGCUACCACAGGAGGUGCCCCUACAAAGGACGGAAGAGCUAAAUCCACCCACACCGCUUCCACAGGCGCAUGCGCAGUCGCAAGUGGCAUCGGUACCGACGCAGCCUGUGAAAUAUGAUCCAGAUGACUCAGAAGAAGACUUACUCCCUGUUCGAGUAGUUCGUCCCAAAACUGAGCCUUUGGUUCUAUCGGACGUCGCGCCUGCGCCCUCGCCUCAGGCCACGGUCGCACCUACGCCGGCGGAAGCGAGCGGAAGCCGCGAUGAGCACCCAUCCACUCUUUUUCAGGAAUCUCUAGACCAUUCACCACCAUUGCCUGAUUCAGACAGCGAAGAAAUACCCGCCACGCAAAGCACGCAACCAACCAAGAAACGACGUGUUGCGAUCCAUUGCUUCGCUGCCCCCAUAAGCAGCAGCAUGCCUCCGCAGCCUGAGCAACGGCAAUGGGUACCUCCAGGGACUUUUCCUGGUCCGUAUACCAAUGAUGUGCCAUUACCUGCGCAUCUCCCACGUAUGCAAACGGAUCCCAAUCUGUAUUCGCCGCAGCGCAGCGUACCGACCCCACCUCGUACGGAGCCUAUGCCGAACCCGCACUUUUAUGCAAAGUCAGGCAUGGAUGGCGGCUUCGUCGCCUCCCAAGCAACAUGGCCGGUCACAAAGCGUGGAUAUUCUCCUCGUCCAUCGGCCCAAUACCCUGCAGGUCGAAGCUUGCAAGCACAGCGUCUCAGCAAACCUUCUGUGGAAAGCCUAGGGGAACCUUUGCGGUCUCGCAAGCGUGAAUCUAUUGGAGGAACACCACGUUCUAUUAAAAGUAUGAUUGAUGGCCUCGUCCACUCAGUCAAUGAUGCAUUUGGCGGAGCGCCCAAGCGACCAGAAAUAUCAAUUCCUUACGACCCAGUGCAUCUUACUCAUGUUGGUGUGGAUGCAUCAACGGGCGAAUUUAUCGGCUUGCCUCGCCAGUGGCAGAUUUUGUUACAGCAUUCGGGUAUCACCCGUCAAGAGCAGGAGCAAAACCCUCAAGCAGUGAUGGAUAUUGUUGCUUUCUACCAGGAUGCAGCUCAAGAGCAGCCGCCGGGUGGUGAGAAUGACAAUGUAUGGACAAAGUUUCCGUCAAUGAUGGAGGAUUCUCAGGGGAGUGAGGAAUGGGCAGCACAGUCAGGCGCACCGCUACAACCCCUACAGCCUCUACCAUCCUCCAAUGGUGUUCGACCCACUGACUCGGAAAAAUCGCUACCAGCGUUGCCACCGCCUAUGCCCGAUGCCCAGGCAUCUUCGCCGCCGCGCCAGCCAACGUUCAGACCUCCUGAACUCCUCCAAUCUGGCAAAGGGUUGGCCACAGAAGCCACUGUAAAUGAGCUUGUUCCUCAGCCGUACACGUCAAAUCCAAGCCCCGGAAAGGCAGAAAUGAUUGUACGAAGCCAUUCCCAGCGAGAGAAGGAACGCACUAUAAAGGAAAAGGAAUUGCGGCCGCCACUAGGUACCAAUGAAGUUCCACGCAGGCGCUCUCAACGCUCCAAGAUCUCUGAUGCGAAAGUCAUGGAGCGCUUGCGUGCUGUCUGUAUGCCAGGCGAUCCGUCCAAAAUGUUCACGAACUUGAACAAGAUUGGACAAGGCGCAUCAGGGGGCGUGUUUACCGCACGCAGUCUAGGAUCGAACCAGCUGGUGGCUAUCAAACAAAUGGUUUUGCAGCAACAGCCCAAAAAAGACCUUAUUGUCAACGAAAUUGAAGUUAUGAAGCAAUCACGACAUCCCAACAUUGUCAAUUUCUUGAGCGCCUAUAUGACUAACGGCGAACUUUGGGUUGUUAUGGAAUAUAUGGAAGGCGGGCCUCUCACAGACAUUGUGCUAUACAGCAUUCUCAGUGAAGGACAAAUUGCCGCCAUUGCUCGAGAAGUUCUUACCGGUUUGCGCCAUCUCCACAGCCAAGGGGUCAUCCAUCGUGACAUCAAGAGCGAUAAUGUGUUGAUGAGCAUGCGUGGCGAAGUUAAACUGACUGAUUUUGGGUUCUGUGCACAGUUAGGACCUAGUCAAACUAAGCGCGUCACAAUGGUAGGGACACCCUACUGGAUGGCGCCUGAAGUGGUGACCCGGAAGGAAUACGGCCCUCGCGUGGAUAUCUGGAGCUUGGGCAUUUUAUAUAAGCGACCAGAUGCGAUAUGCCUUCUUGAUCAUCCAUUCCUGGAUCAAGCAGACAGCCUUACUUCCCUGAUUCCAUAUAUUCAGGCAGCGCAAGAGCAGCGCUCUUCCCAUAACCCUACGUAA